CGGUUCACCCCUCCUCCGGGAAGCCUAUGUCACGCCAACCAGCAUGCCAUUGUGAAACCACCCCCAAAAAGACGGAGGAGAGAGGUAGGUUUCUCAAUCCUUUGUCCUUCCUCCCAUUGCGAGUGCUGUUUUAAAUAGCGGGAGAGUGAGCUCAGGUAGCGACAUCGCCGCAAGGACACCUGUUGAGAACAUUUACUUCUCAGCGCAGCAUUAGCUUCUGGAACAGCUUGUUCAAGGAGAACCACAGAAAUCUUCGAAGUCACAAAAGUACAGGAAUGGACAAUAUCAGCAGACUGAUGUUCGCAGUUGUCAUGGCAAUGGCGUACAUGGCGAUGGGAGCCGAGGCACAGAACACCACAAUGGCUCCGAACUCCAAUGCUACUAUGGCCAACGUAACAAUGGCACCCAACGUAACAAUGACAUCCAACGUAGCAAUGGCACCCAACGUAACAAUGGCACCCAACGUAACAAUGGCACCCAACGUAACAAUGACAUCCAACGUAACAAUGACACCUGUCACAGCUCUCACGGUAAAUAUCUCAAUGGCGGAAUGUAAAAAGUCCCAGCUCUGUGCUGCUAAGCCGCCAAACUGUGAUCCGGCCGUGGCUGGGUCCUGUUUCUUCGUCUCCAUCAAGAGUGUCGAGGUACACAAUGCAAAUUUCUCCUUCCAGCUACGAGGAGUGUCCAGUGGCUACAUCGCAGUAGGCUUGUCCAAAACUUCCACACAGGGUCAGAACGACACUACCUAUGUGUGCGCAAACAACAACGGAAAAGUAAAGUUCUUCACCGCUCUCCUCGACAAAGGAGUUCUGACCAUCAACAACAAGCUGCCUGUGGACUCUGUGAAGGGCUCAGUCAACGAUCACACCAUCCAGUGCACCUUCUCUGCUACUGUCCCCAACGCUACGGCCACCCGGAGCAUCGACACCAGCUACUACCUCUCCAUCUCCAACGGGACUUUUAAUAGUGAUACCCUAGGUUCUCCCCAGGCUAUUCUGAACAGUGAUAAAGCUGUGGACCUGACCGACCCCAACACUACUGUGUUAAACUCUUUAAACUCUGCUCCCUCUGCCUUCUGCCUGUCUCAAGCUCCCCUGAUCCUGAUAGGUGUACUAGGUAUGAUGAUGCUGUAAUGCAGGUCUGAAGGAGAAGCACCAUGCAGUCAGGAAUCCUGUCUCCUUCUCUUUACUCAACUUGGCCAGGCUGCGUCCCUAAAUGACACCCUCUCCUUAAAUAUAGGUCUAUUUUCACUAUGUAGGGAAUAGGGUGCCACACUCUGGUACCUGAACAAAGGACUAUGUCAGAUCUGAAGUUAUAUGCAUAUAGAUCCAAUCAUGUUUUUCCACAUACUUAAUGAAACCCCUUCUAGUUGGGGGUAGUAAGAUAUUAACCAACAGAAUGGACCCAGGGAUACAAGUGAUACAAUGGUGAUACCAGGCCAAGUACUAACAUAUUGUGUUGAUAGACAAUGGUGAUACCAGGACAAGUACUAACAUAUUGUGUUGAUAGACAAUGGUGAUACCAGGACAAGUACUAACAUAUUGUCUUGAUAGACAAUGGUGAUACCAGGACAAGUACUAACAUAUUGUGUUGAUAGACAAUGGUGAUACCAGGACAAGUACUAACAUAUUGUCUUGAUAGACAAUGGUGAUACAAGGCCAAGUACUAACAUAUUGUCUUGAUAGACAAUGGUGAUACAAGGCCAAGUACUAACAUAUUGUCUUGAUAGACAAUGGUGAUACCAGGCCAAGUACUAACAUAUUGUCUUGAUAGACAAUGGUGAUACAAGGCCAAGUACUAACAUAUUGUCUUGAUAGACAAUGGUGAUACCAGGACAAGUACUAACAUAUUGUCUUGAUAGACAAUGGUGAUACCAGGACAAGUACUAACAUAUUGUCUUGAUAGACAAUGGUGAUACCAGGACAAGUACUAACAUAUUGUCUUGAUAGACAAUGGUGAUACCAGGACAAGUACUAACAUAUUGUCUUGAUAGACAAUGGUGAUACCAGGACAAGUACUAACAUAUUGUCUUGAUAGACAAUGGUGAUACCAGGACAAGUACUAACAUAUUGUCUUGAUAGACAAUGGCUUGGUAAUACAUAUAAAACAUUCAACCUCAUAUUCAUCAUCUCCAGCAUCAGUCCAACAACACCACUUACCUUCUAUCUGAAAACAACACAUCCUCCAUAUUCGUAUACCACCAUGUCAUCCCCUUUAUGUAACACAUAUAUUUGUGCAAAUGUUUAUGCUAUUUUAUCUCACGUUAUGAAGGAAGAUUUAUGUUUGUCUGUGUUUCUUGGUGGAUGUUUGUGAGUGUGAGUGUAUGUGUAUAAAUGUUUGUGUUCGCACACUUACCCCCCACUGGGCACAGACGUCAAUUCCACUUUGGUUCAACAGCAUUUCAUUGAAAUGACGUGGGAACGUUGAUUCAACCAAUGUGUGCCCAGUGGGCCAUAGAUGAAGUCACAAGGGCUACGUUUAGACAGGCAGACUAUUUCUGAUCUCUUUUUAUCAGAUCUUUUUUCAGAGCUUAUCUGAUUGGUCAACAGAUAACCACAGAAUUGGGCUGCCUGUCUAAACGCAGCAAAGGUGGCAGAAAGGGGAAUUUGUGGGUUAAUACUGUGUGUGUGUGAAGGCGUGCAUAAUGAUGAAGCCACUGGAUGGGGAACCUUCCUGAUUACCUUUUUAAAGUAUAUACAAUCAUGGAAAUAUUUUAUCAGACCAUUUUUAAAACAAAAACUGUUAUUUACAAUAAAUGUAUGUUUGACUAUC